CCCGCCCGGAGCGCUGAGGCUGCUGCACCGCGGCGCCGGAAGAAGGCUCGCUCGCCAUGCCAAAGUUAAGAAAACCUCAAGGAGGGAAGCAAGAGAAAAAAGUUAUCCAUCCCUACAGCAGAAAAGCUGCACAGCUUGCAAGGGAAGUACACAAGCAGGAAAAGAAAGAAAAGUUGAAGACUGACAAAGCUUUGCGUUUAAGUAUUAUUGGAGAAAAACUUCAAUGGUUUCAAAGUCACCUUGAUCCCAGUAAAAUCGAGUACACAAAGAAGGAAGCUGGUGAACUAAUUGAAAAUUAUAUGUGUCGAUUCAAUGCUGAAUUGGAGCAGAUUGAAUUACAAAACAGUAUUAAAGGCAGACAAGGAAGACAGCAUGGGUCACGGGAAACUGUCAUCAAGCAGACAAUAGAACGUGAAAGACAACUCUAUGAGGGCUAUGGAAUGGAAAUCCCAGACAUUAUGAACAGAAAGCAUCUUAAAUUUUUCAGAGAAUGGGAUGGUGAUCUGAGGAAACUGCCAAACAUCAAAAUGAAAAAGCUCUCUGCUAGGGAUGCUGCCUGCAGUCUCCCUGAGGUGACAGAUGCAGAAGCAAAAGAAGACUUGAAUGAAGAAGAAGAGGUGGGCCCUGAUGAGCACCAGCUGAUCCAAGAGCAGAAAUAGUGAAGGGAAUUGGAAGAAAUCUAUUUUAAUUUUCACUGGAAACAAAAAUAAAAUUUAACUAUAUUUCUAAA